ACGAAACGUGCACGAAACACGAAAAAGAUUUUGACAUAUUACUACAUAACCCAACUUUUUUUUAAUUAAAUUUUUUGAUAUGGCUAUGGUUCAAGAAGACCCAAUAUUUCAAAAUAAUCCUAUUUAUAUGAAAAGUCUGAUAGGCAAAUCAGUAGAAAUCAAAACAGUUGACAACAAAGCCCACUCAGGUCUCGUUUACGUUAUAGAUCCAAUUUUUAAAACUGUUGUUUUACAUACAAAUUGGAAAAGCGAUGAUGAUUACGAGACGGUUAUUAUUUUAAAACAUGCCAUUGUAACUUUAGAAGUCUUAUCAGAAGAAAAGAAUGAAAAUUACUUAGGAGAACUUUCAAUACCACAACUUGAAUGUACGAAACCUAAUAGAAAAUCUAUCGUAAAAAAGUGGAUAAAAAGCAUGAUGAUUGAUGUUAAAGAAAGUGGAGAUUAUUUAAAAAUCGACGAUUAUUUAGUAAUAAUACCCCCCUACAGGGCAGACAAUUGUAUAUGUAACAACACAAUUAUCUUAGAACGGAUUCAGAAAAUUUUGAAUGAGAUGCCUGAAGAUUAUUCCUAAACAGGCAAGUAAAUUAAGACAGAUUUUUCACUAAAGUAACAAGAAUGUACACUUCCAUAUUGAUGCUUAAGGGUAGUCUUGUAGCAAAAUUAUGUUUAAGAAGACAACCUAUUUUUAUUUAUUUUUCGAAAAUUUAAGAUAAAGGAGAAAUAACUGAAAUUGAUCUAUAGUUUGUUAUCUUCGAUUCACCUAUUUUUUAUAAAUUGAAGAAACCACUGCAAUUUUAAAAGCUGGAGGAAUUUAAUCCGAUUUAAAACUGUUAUUAAGUGGCAUACAUUGGCUUACUAUCAAAACCUCCUAAGUUAAUUUUUUUCAUCUAGAACAGUGAUGUAUUUAAAAAUGCUUAUCUUAUAUUAAGACAAAAGAAGUGCUUUUCCGGUUAUUUCUAAAAAUCACUCUACUCGGACCUAGGAGGUUUUGAUAGUAAACUGACAGCACAACUUUUUAUAGAAUUUCAGAUGUUUAUUACCUUCUAAUGUAAUACUACCAAUUGUUAACAUUUUUGCUUAAGUUAGAGUAGUAGAAACAAAAAAUGUCUUAUAUUGUUUACAUUUGCAUAAGAUUAAUAAAGAAAUUCUUCUGUUAUUUCAUGCCUACUAGUUCAAUUUUUUCUGAGCAGUUAUAUAAAACUUGCUAUGGAUUGAGGAUCAUCACCAAAAAUGGUAACAGCGACAUGGCCAAGACAUUUUAUUUUUCUAACUUCUACUCAAGAGUCAUAUGGUACUCUGCUAUGGAGGUCAAGCACAGAUGCUACAGAUAUUUUCAGGAUACAAAAACGAGCUAUCUGUAUAAUGAAAAAAAAUAGGUUUUGCUGGCUUGUAGAAUACAUUUUAAAUCCUUAAAUAAAAUUACAAUUCCUGCAUUAUACAUAUUUAAGUGCAUUUUAUUUUUGUAUAAUUAUACUCAUUAUUUUGAAGAGUUCAAAUCUACUCAAGCUUAUGGUACAAGGCAUAAUAUUAACAACAACUUAUCACAAACUGG